AUGAGUCGCAACGUGCAUCGCUCCGGUGGCCUCGAUAGCAACCACCACAACCAUCCCAACGCCGACGACGAGUUCACCCUCGCCAACAUGGUCGACGCCAAGAGACCCAGCGGCGGCGGCAACUCGAAAGCACCGGCCCCCGCCAAUGACGAUAUCGUCGACAUCACAGCUCCCCAGAAGAUGAUCUCGGCCAUGUCGGGCAGUCUGUUGACCUCGCUGCUUGUCACUCCCCUCGACGUCGUCCGCGUCCGCCUCCAGUCCCAAACCGCCGUCCCCCGACCGACCGUCGAUUUCUCCAAGCUCGCCCUCACCACCACCUCUCUCACCCCCGCCCAAACCGCCGAGCUCGGCGUCACCUCAUGCUGCCGCGAGGUCUUCUUCGCCGGUGGCAAUGCUGACUUCUGCCUCGCCGCGCCCCGGAUCGAAGGCAUAUCUCCCGCGCCUCCGCCCGCCGAAUGCGCCGUCGAAGAGGUGCAGCGUCGCACUUUUAGCACCACUAUCGAUGGUCUCCGCAAGAUUGCCCGCAACGAGGGCGUUACCACUCUCUGGAGAGGCCUGUCGCCCACCCUCGUCAUGGCCGUCCCCGCCAAUAUCAUCUACUUUACCGGCUAUGACUGGCUGCGAUACAAUGCCAGCAGCCCCUUUGCGCACUUCUCUGAUGCCUCCGCUCCCCUCACUGCCGGAUCGGCCGCUCGUAUCCUCGCAGCGACAGCCGUGGGUCCCAUCGAGCUCGUCCGUACACGAAUGCAAGCGGCCUCGGGAACUGGGACUUCCAACCACCUGGUCCAGACUUUCAAGGGUGUCAAGGAUAUGGUGGGCACCCAAGGAUAUACAGCCCUCUGGAGAGGUUUGACGUUGACGCUCUGGCGAGAUGUGCCCUUUUCGGGUCUCUACUGGCUGGGAUACGAGUCAAUACGGUCGAGGCUCACCGAUCUACGGGAGCAGCGUCAGGGACAUGUGCUGUCAGUCGACGACGACCUCUCAGAGGCAAGGCGGAGGUCACAAAGCCACGAAAACCACACCGAGACCUUUGUGGAUAGUUUUGCUGCCGGAGCCCUGUCUGGUACCUUUGCGUCCAUCGUAACAACACCGUUCGACGUUGGCAAGACACGAACGCAGAUCUACCAGAACGAGGCUUCCGGCGCGGCGGUGGCUGAGGAGCGCAAUAUGAUGCGCCUCCUCUGGCACAUCUUCAAGACGGAGGGCAUCCCCGGCCUGUGGAAGGGAUGGAUUCCCCGGACGCUCAAGGUGGCACCUGCGUGCGCCAUCAUGAUCAGCAGCUACGAAGUCGGCAAGCGGGCGUUCCGCGGCGUUAACGAGCGCAAGCGACUUCGACAAGACGGUCAGCAAUGA